AUGAGUAGUAAUCAAUUAAUAACUAUUAAAUUGAAUAUUCAAAAGAAAAAAUCAAAUAAUGAUGAAUUUUUAAAUAAAGAAAAAAUCAUUCAUGUUGAUAAAUCUGAAUUUUUAAGAAUUAAAUCAAAAUUAUCAUUAAUUAAUUAUUUAAAUAAAAAAUAUAAAGAUUUAUUAUCAUCAAAAGAUAUUAAUUUAAUUGAAUUUACAAGAAAAUCUAAAAAACAAAAAUGUUUUAUACCUUUAAAUAAUGAAGAAGAUUUUAAAUCACUUCAUAGAAGUUUAAAAGUUAAAAAUCAUGUUAAAUUAAAUAUUAAAGAUAAUUCUAAAGUUAAAGUUGAAGAAGUAAAAGAAAAAGAAAAAGUGAAAGAAAAACAACAACAACAAGAACAACAACAACCUAUUACAAAAGAUUUGAAUGUUAAUUUAUCAGCUGAUUUGGCUAAAUUAGGUGAUGCAUUAUUAGAAACUACUUUAGAACAUUUAAAAGAAUUCUUUUAUGAUUUAAAUAAAAAAGUUAAUAAUGAAUUUAUUAAAGGAAAAGUAGAUGCUACAGAUACUGAUGUUGAUAUGGAUACUGCUACUGCUACUGCUAAUUCUACUGCUACUGCAACUACUACUGCAAAAGAAGAAUCCAAAGAUGAAUCUUCAACAAAAGAAAAAUCAGAACCAAUUGAAGAAGAAAUUCUUCAUUCAAAUAUUGCUUGUGAUAAAUGUCAUCCAAUUGAAUUUGUUCCUAUUAAAGGAGUUAGAUAUUCUUGUUUAAUUUGUCCAAAUUAUGAUUUAUGUUCUAAAUGUGAAUCAGCUCAACAAAUUGAAAAAUCCGAUUAUGGAAAUCAUUCUCAUCUUCAUCCUAUGAUAAAAUACAAUACUCCUGCUGUUUCAAAAAGAGAUUUAAAAACAGAAUUUAAAUCUCAAAAUAAUAUGUUCAAUGAAGCUUCUUUAAAUUUAAAACCAGAUGAUACUAUACAUUAUAUUACAAUAACUGAUUGUUCUUCAACAAAUAGGAAAAAAUUAGAAAAUUUACUUGUAACAGGUGGUAUAAAUGAAUUUGUUGAAAAUGUUGAUAAAUUUAUUAAUGAAAGUGAAAAAUAUACAAAACUUUUAAAUUUAAUUGAUAAAGAUGUUGAAGAUAAAUUUACAUAUUUAAAAGAUUUAAUUUCUAAUCAAAAAGAAAUUAUAUUAGAAAAUCCUACUUUCAUUAAUAUUUCAUCAACUGAUCAAUUAAAGAAUAAAUUAAAUUUUCAAAUAAUUAAUAAAGCAGAAUUACCAAUUGAAGGAUUGAAUAUUCAAUUAAGAUUGGGUAAUAAUGAUGAAUUUAAUUUUAAUAAAACUAAUUGUGAUAUAAAACAAGAUCAAGUUAGAAAUUAUUCUGCUUAUAAAAUUGAACCUUUAAUGGAUAUUGAUUCAGUUGAUGAAGAUACUUCAAGUGGAUUAUCAUUUGAAGAAAAAGAUAUUGAUGAAAUUAAUAAUGAAAUAAAAGAUAUUAAUGAAAUCAAUAAUGAAACAACAACAAAAAAUAUUGAAAAUAUAAAAGAAGAAAAAUCAAUUUUUUCAUCAUCAAUUGAUAAUUUAAAAGUAAAAUAUAUAAUGAAAUCAGAUAAUUUAAUUCAAAUUGAAAUUUUUAAUAAUUCCAACAAAAUUAUAGAUUGUAAUAAUUUAAAAAUUCAAAUUUAUAAUAAUGAAAAUAUUUUAAUUCUGGAAACUUUAAUAAAAAAGAAUCAAGGUAUUAAAAUUGGUAAAAGUAAUAAAUUUAAUUUAACUUUAAAUUUAAUUAAAAAUAAUUUAAAUAAAAUUCCAAAUAAAAUAAUUAUUGAAAAUAAUGAUAAUGAAUUUAAUUUUUUAAAGUGUGAAUUUAAAAAAAAUGAAACAAUUGGAAUUUUACAUAAUAUAUUAAUUGGAGGAUAUGAAGAUGAUGAAGAUGAUGAUGAUUAUGUUGAUGAUUUUUCACAGAAUUCAAAAUCUAGUAAUAAUUCUUCAAAUAUUGAUAAUUAUCAAACUUCAAGUGAACAUUCAAUUGUAUUACCAAAAAAUAUUACAAGUAGUCAAUUAGUUGAUAUUGAUGAAAAAAUUAAUUCAGAAGUUGUUGAUGUUGAUUUUAAAGUUAAAGAUGAUGAAGAUGAAGAUAGUGAUUAUGAAAUGAUGAACUUUGAUAAAGAAAAAAAUCAAAUUGAUGAAGAUGAAAAUGAUGAAGAUUAUGAAAUUUUAUCAGUUGUUAGUUCAGAUGGUGAAGAUAAUUGA